AUUGUCGACGAGGACGGGCCCUUCGUCGUGGAUGUCUUCUACAAGGCGUUAUUAGCCACAGCAGGGAGCGCUAACACCCAGAGUCCAGAUUACCUCUACUCAGCCAACGCUCUUCAUACUGCCGUCAAGGAACUGCGAUCAAGUGGUUGCUCCUUCGUACGCUGGGUACCUUUUGUACAUCUGGGACGAUGA